AUGGACAAAAAUGAACAGAGAACUAAGUCACUGUUUGCAUCGGCUCCAACUUUGUCCGUGGAAGAAAGGAACAAGUUCUACGACAAAAUAAAAGAGGAGUUCAGAAAAAUCCUUGAAGAUGCGGAUGAAAAGGUUAACCUGGCUACUUCGAUGUAUGACCUGGUCAGGAGAUACCUGGCAAAGUUGGAUAUGGAAAUCGCAAAGUUCAAGUUAGAGGUAGAAUCUGACAAUCCGGGCAUAACCGAACUCAUCGAACAAAGGAAAAAGAUAAAAGUUAACCACCAUCCAGUGGUUGAGAGACCUGAAACCGUUGUUAAGCAGGAUACUGUAUUGCCAGUAGUACCCGCUGAAGAACCGACGUUGCCCGAGCCCGUUGAAGAGAAAAAGCACGUUGCGAUUCCGGAAACGGUCACUGCUGUUAGACAUCCUGUAGUCCCGAACUUCAAGAAAAGCUACAGCUAUCCUCAUCACCUCAACGAAAUUCGUAGCCUUGGUGUCGGCGUCAGCAGCAGCGGUGGUCAGCAGCCGGUGAGCCGAGAGAAGCAGACGACGUUAGGCGGCGGCAGCGUUGGGUUUCUUCAGUCCUUUGCGGACAACGCCGAAUCUCGUCAUGGAAGACCGCGGAAACUGACAAGUCGAGUCAGUGAAAUGUUCAAACAGGUGAUACAUCGCCAAGAAAUUCGGGACCGGUCCGUGCAUGAUACUUCGACAACUUCUGCAGCAAGCCCUUUCCCACGUAUUGAUGAGGAGGUGGUCGAUACAGAAGCCGCUGAGCAGAAUGAUCAACAAAGAUGGUGCAUUUGCAAUCAAGUGUCGUACGGCGAAAUGGUCGCUUGCGACAACAAGGACGUGAGUAUUGCAAUUUGUUAA